AUGGUUUUCUUCUCCAAAGUCGUUUUGCUUGGACUGGCUACUAUUGCAGUAGCUCAUCCAGGCCAUGAGGAGCACUCAAGCUCAGCUCUGAAGCGAAGCUUCCUCCAUCAUUCCCGACGUAGCUUGGCAGCGUGUGCUGACAAGCUCGAGUAUCGUGAACUUCAAGCUCGCGCAGCUUCUCGACGCAGGGAAAUUGCGAAGAAGCAUGCAAAGAGAAGUGUUGAUUCUGGGCUUUUGAAGGUUAGAGAUCUCUCGACCGUCCUGGCAACCUCUCAUCUGUCGAACGUAACUGGGGUCACGGCGGCCUCUUCACCCGAUGUGUUCUUCUCCGAUGAUGUGACUUGCAUCCUCUCCCCGGAGGGUGAAGUUGGUCCCUUUUGGGUCAAGGGAGAGCUGAUUCGGUCCGACCUGGUCGAUGCUGAACCCGGUGUUCCUGUGGUGAUGGAUGCCCAAUUCAUCGAUGUCAACACCUGCGAGCCAAUUGUUGAUCUGUACUGGGAUGUGUGGAACUGUAACUCGACUGGUGUCUACUCCGGAGUCCAAGACAGCAGCAAUGGCAACGGCAACGACGCGACUAACCUCGACAACACUGCUCUGCGAGGUCUUCAGCCUACAGACUCUGAUGGCGUGGCUCAGUUCCAGACGAUCUUCCCUGGUCACUACAGUGGUCGCGCCACUCAUGUUCAUGUCAUUGCUCAUGUUGGCGCAACCGUUCUUUCUAAUGGCACCUUGACUGGUGGCAAUAUUGCCCAUACAGGCCAGAUGUUCUAUGAUCAGGAUCUCAUUACUCAGGUUGAAGCGCUGUCUCCUUAUAGCGAAAACACUGUUUCAAUCACUCUCAAUGCCAAUGAUCGCGUUUUGUCUGAUGAGACUACGAACAGCGACUCGGAUCCCAUCUUCAAUUAUGUUCUCCUUGGUGAUACUGUUGACGAUGGGUUGUUCUCUUGGGUCACUGUCGGUAUCGACACCUCUGCCAGCUAUAGUGCAAGCUACGCAGCCCUCCUCACUGCCGAUGGAGGUGUUUCGAGCUCCAGCAGCUCUGGUGCUGGUGGAAAUGGAGGCAGUGGUGGAAGUGGCCCUGGAGGACCCAACUAA